AUGGUCUGCGAUUUCUUCUACCCAAACAUGGGCGGCAUCGAGAGCCACCUCUACCUCCUUUCGCUGCAGCUCUUCAAGCGAGGCCAUAAGGUGGUCAUCGUCACGCAUGGCUAUGGAGGCCGGAAGGGCGUGCGCUACCUCACGACCGGGGUCAAGGUCUAUCAUGUUCCGCACUGGAUUGUGUACGAUCAAGUGUCGCUGCCGACUCUGUAUGCAUUCUUCCCCCUGUUCCGACACAUUCUUCUCCGGGAGGGCAUCGAGAUUGUCCACGGGCACCAGGCAUUUUCCAGUAUGUGCCAUGAAGCUAUUCUCCAUGCCAGGGCGCUCGGCCUCAAGACAUGCUUCACGGACCAUUCGCUCUUUGGCUUUGCCGAUGCGAGCUCGAUCCUGACCAACAAGCUGCUCAAGUUCACGCUCUCAGAUAUCGAUCAUGUCAUCUGCGUCUCCAAUACCAGCAAAGAAAACACUGUCUUGAGGGCGUCUUUGGAUCCCAGCAUCGUGAGCGUCAUUCCCAAUGCCGUUGUGGCAGCCGAUUUCACGCCCGAUCCAUCCAAACGAGACCCUGGCAAAAUCACAAUCGUGGUGGCAAGUCGCUUGGUCUUCCGGAAGGGCACCGAUCUCCUCGUGGCCAUCAUUCCCAGGAUAUGCAGUCUCUACCCGAGUGUGCAGUUCAUCAUCGGCGGCGACGGACCGAAACGAGUCGAUCUCGAGCAGAUGAGAGAGGAGCACGGACUGCAGGAGCGAGUCCAGGUGCUCGGAAGUAUCAGCUAUUCUCAAGUUCGCGAGGUUCUCGUCCAGGGUGAUAUUUUUCUCAACACAUCGCUGACCGAGGCCUUUUGCAUAGCCAUCGUCGAGGCUGCAUGCUGCGGCCUGCUGGUAGUCAGCACCAAGGUAGGCGGCAUUCCCGAAGUACUGCCUGAUGACAUGGUGAUGCUCUCUGAGCCGACGUACGACGGUCUCGUCGAGACGGUCGUGCGAGCCAUCGACCAGGUCAAACGAGAUCCACCAGAUCUUCCCUUCCGCAAGCACGAGCGCAUUCGGGCCAUGUACAGCUGGGCAGAUGUGGCCGAGCGAACCGAGCGGGUCUAUGCGGCGGCUCUUGAGCUGCACACACCAGACCUAUACGAUCGUCUGCUGCUCUUCAAUCGCUGCGGUGCGGUUGCCGGAAAGCUGGCCUGCAUGAUCAUUGCGGUGCACUACUGGAUAGGGCUCCUGCUCGAGUAUCUGGUUCCGCGCGGCAGCAUCGAGCCGGCCCUGGAUUUCAAGCUCGACAAGUUCCGAAAGGUGAGCCGUAGUCUCACACAGAGAUGGCAAAAGAACGAGAGCUGUAUUGUUGUCUGCCAUCAACUGUCGCGUCUGGUCUUACACUACGUCUUUGGGUCUCAUUUGCGACAGGUAUGCACGGAAACGCUAGAAGCAGACGGACGUCUCCGAAAACAGUCCGGCGACCCGAUAGAGAAUCAAUCCUAG